GUUUGUUUGUACAUCACAUGACCGUACCUCACUUCGACGUCUAAUCUUGUUGCCGUUCACGCUCAUGAGUAGCGCUAAACGACCCCAUCAAUCCGAAGAUGCCGCGGACACACCGCGCGCAGGCCCAAGCAAGCGCCCCCGGCUGCCCACAGGGCCCGAUGGCUUCUCCAAGCCCAAGCCGAAGGUCUUUCCCAAGCCCGUCAUGCCCAAGUUCACCUCCGCGUUUGGGGAUGAGCCGGUGAAGCUGCGGUCUACUACUACUCCGCGUCCGCAUCCGAAACCACUCCCAAGGCUAGAUGUCGAUGCGUUCAGAGACUUCGUGGGGGGCGGCGCCAAACCCGUUCGCAAAUCCCCGCUGCUGCCGCCGCCUCCGCCGCCGCUCAUACGUGCCCUGAAGCCGCCGAUUCCUCUGUUCGGGGACGCCGCGACCGAGCCGGAUCGACCGCGCCCACCGCCGCCCCUGCCACCACCCGUCGCGGCGGAGCGCGAGACGCCCAGCCCGCUCCUGCGCCGUCUCACUGCUCCCGCUCUGCCGAGCCCCACCCCGGCGCCUGCAUUCGCGAAGAAGACCGACGCGCCGCUGAGGCUGAUCCCGGCGCCGGCACUAGCGGCGAAGCCGCGCGCUGCGGUCCUCGCGACGAGCAUCACCACGACACACGUCGCGCGCGCCACGGACCCGUUGGGCGGCACCGGUGCUGCGGCGGAUUUCGCGUCGAUCUUCAUGCCCGGGUAUGCGCCUCCGGACGAGGUGGAUGAGGAGACGCGCGGGGUCUUGAUGAGUCCCGAGAAGACGUCUGCGAGGCGGGCCAAGGACAAGUAUCACUCGAGGACGGGUCUCGCUGCGUUCGCGGACGCCGUCUACACCCGCCACCACGCGUCGCUCGUCCUCUGGGAGAAAGAGCUCGCGCACUCCGCUUCGGCUUCGACGGCGCGCCGGGGGCUCACCUGCGCGCCCGACAUGCGGCUCAAGAUCCUGCGCGUCCUGCACACGCCGAUCCCGUCCGCCUCCGCCGCGUCCAUCCCCGGCAUCGCGCUCUGUCACGUCCUGUCCGACGCGACCGCGUCGACAUCGGGCAUACACCCAGUUUUGUUCUCGUUUUCCGCUACUGCUGCUGCUGGCUCGGUAUCUGCACCGCUGCGCAUCCGCGACCCCGCGCGAUUCGCGUUACCGUCGUCGGCCGAGGGUACGCACGUCUCGGUGUGGAAGCCGUGGCAGACGCUGUCCGUUGAGGCGCUCUCAGCCAGCCUCCUCGAAACAGACGCGGAGCUUGACGUGCUCGAUCUGUUGGCCUCCCGUAUGAAGACGAUAUCGGACGUCGCGCUGAUCUGCGACCGGUUUGCGUUUGUGGAUGGGUGAGAUGGACGCGUGUGGGUGUGUAUGCUAUGAAUGAAUGAAUGCAUGUACUCAGCAGCAGCAGCCUUGCCAACCAGGAACUCUGGAUCGCCUCAUGUCUUCUCUGCAUUGUCAGACGGGAUCAUCGGAAGACCCCGAUCUGUAACGAGGCUUAUUUGUGCUGAUGCAUCACGGGAGAUGGGCGCUGCUUGACUUAGAAGGAACAAGACAUGCACUCGGGGGUUCUCAGGGACGAUCCUGUCCAAGCCACCGCCGGAUGUCUUGCGAGCCGUCGACGAAGAAGCGCAUAUAUUCUUUGCGGUUCCACUGAUAUCUGAUGUCGUAGCCAAAGCCCCAGCCCUGUCCCCCCGUCAGUCGGCUGUGCAAGCGCUUGGCGGUCGAUGUGUGCGGGUGCUCACCUCUCGAAACACGGCAAGGACGGCGAGGACGAGGACGACCUGCCACGGCGACUGGGCAUCGAGGCGCACCUCCGCUUGUUGGUUCUGCGAGACAGAGAGAGUUAGAGAGAGACUUCAGCGGGACAGUUGUGGUGGGCGUGCAGCGACGCGACUCGCCUCUAACGCUACCUGAAGGUUCUUCAGUCUCAGAGAACAACGCGGUUCCGAGCGCAUCUACUCACAGUCACAUCCAGCGUCUGCUCUUGGUCCAUUGGAGGGGAUCGUUGCUGCCCCAGUCUUCGCGGCCGCGGAGGCUGAAGCGGGCGUGCGGGUCCAAGCGGAGGUCGCUGCAUGUGGGCGGAGGGAUAGCAAUGCUGGUCGUUGUACAUGGGCAUGGCUGGGGAGUCUGAGGGGAGGGGCAGAGAAAGGGAUCGGCCCCACUGUUACUGUACAAGUAUUUAUGCCGCGGAGCGGCCGUCUCUCCAUCCCUCAAUUUUGAUGUUUUGGUGGUGUGUGCAUUUGAAGGCUCGGUGCUGUGCUACCGCUUCGAUCCCGAGAACUUCGCACACACAAAGAAAUAUAUCAAGAGGCUGUCGCUGUACUGUGAAUCGAAGACGAUGGCCCGGCCGCUGCGUAGAAGUCGUGGGCCGAAUGCGGCUCCCACACGCACAAGGUUCUUUUCUUUUCUGUGAUUUUCAUCUACAUCGUUGGCCCAUCCGACAUGGGAACACAGAAUAGGAAGUGUG